AUGCCCAGCCAGGGUGGUACACGAAAGCGUCGACGCCUGACGAUGAACUCCGAAGCUCACGAUAACAGAACAACGCAAGUUCAAACGGAUGUGAACAACAUCGGCGCAGGUGCCCAGCACAACAACGUUGGAGCAGGCAAUCAGAACAAUAAUACGGGCUUGGGUACUCAAUACAAUGCGAAUAGCAUGAACUUUGUCAACAACGAGAAAGACAACUUUCUUGCCGAUUUGGGUGUCACCGACCCUCGCGACGACAAGAUGCGCAUCGAGCGUACCAAAGGCAACCUCCUGAAAGAUUCAUACCGCUGGAUCCUUGAACACGACGACUUUUGUCGAUGGCGAGCCGAAAAACGUCUGUUGUGGGUCAAAGGCAGUCCCGGCAAGGGAAAGACGAUGCUUUUGUGCGGCAUUAUCGACGAGCUGAUUGUGAUGGGUCACCAGUCGACCUUCUUCUUCUUUUGUCAAGCAACAGACGCACGACUCAAUACCGCGACACUCGUCCUCCGCGGUUUGCUUUAUCAUAUACUCGAUCAGAACCCCGUUCUCCUAAAACUUCUCCGCGGAAAGUAUGACAACGCAGGAGCUGGAAAGCGGCUUUUCGAGGACGUCAACAGCUGGGAUGUCUUGUGUAGAAUGAUGCUAUCAGCUGUUAGUCAUUCGACGCUACAUGACGUCGUCCUGGUCAUUGACGCCCUUGACGAAUGUACCUCGGGGCUUGACCAUCUCAUCAGCUUCAUUAUCGACUUACCAGCGCACGUAAAAGUUAUUGCGUCAAGUCGUCAUGAGUUGAGGAUGGACAGGGCACUAGCCGCCGCUCUGCAGGACACGAAGUUUUAUCUGUCCCUGGAGCUAAACGAGGACAUCAUCGCAGCAGCAGUAAACUGCUACAUAAGUCACAAAGUGGACAAGUUGGCAAGUCUAAAAGAUCUUGAGCACGAGACGAAGGCCGAGAUUCGCGAAUAUCUUGCUAGCAAAGCAAAUAACACGUUUUUAUGGGUUUCUUUGGUCUACGAGCAGUUAGCAGACAACCGAGUCGCUGAAAGGCAUAUCAAGAAAAAGCUGUACGAAUUCCCUCAAGGACUAGACUCGUUGUACAGACGCAUUCUUGAUACGAUCCUGGACUCUCUAGACGCACAAGAGUGUAGACAGAGCUGGCCCGCCUCCUCGACCAUGUAG